UUGUAAAAGCCAAUUGCACUACAUCUAUCAAGACAUUUAAUUGGCUGACUACCAGCGAUCGCCAUUUUACCGCGAUAUUUUAAGAAGGCUUGAUUUUUAAAGAUAAUUUACAGAAAACAUGUCUGACGAAUCCUCUGAACAGAUAUCAUCAGGAGAUACAAGUAAAAAAGAAAUGGAAGAACAAUCAGAAGGCACAGAGCACUCAGACACUGAAAAGACAGACAAUAAAAAGGAGAAGGACACAACAACAAAAGAUGAUGAAAAUGAUGAUGAUGAUGAUGAAAAUGUUUCAUCAGGUGAUGAUGAAGAAGUACUUCCAGCUGGACUUUUAGAAAAGCCUGUUGUCAUAGAAGAUGGGAAGAAAAGGGAAAGGAAAAAAGUAGAAAGAAUAACCUUUGAGUCAGCAAGGCCUGCAAGUGCUAGUGUUGAAAUUAAAGAAGGAAAGGGAAGGAGUCUUGGGGAUAUACCUUUCAUUGAACACAAAUUGGGCAGAAUGAAGUCAGAAGACUGUAAACCUUUACACCGUAUACUGUACCGCAGACUUUGCACUAAUCUUGAAACCAAGAAGAAUAUUCGGCAGUUCUCUGGGUUUCCAUUUUCAAAGGAUGAUAAAGAGUAUGAAAAAAGAAUGGAGAUGCUGAAAUCAAAGAAAUUCAGUCUGACUAUUGUGAAGAAAAUGAUGGAGAUCUUAGACAUACCUAGAACAGGUACUAAAAAUGAAUUAAUUACAAGACUCAUGGAAUGGCUAGAAAAACCUACAGAUUCUGGUAGGAAAGUUCCAGCACCAAAACGUAAAAGAUCAGCAGGUGGUGACAAGAAAAAAAGGGUAAGGAAAACUAAAAAAAAGGCCGGAAAUGAUGUAGCUGACAGCGAUAACGAAAGUGAAGAGGCAGCUGAAGAAAGUGAUGACAACAAAGAUGAUGAUGGUGAUGAUGAUGAUAAGAAGGCAGAUAGCAGUGAUGAAGAAGAAGAGGAGGAGGUAAAG